CUACAAAAGUACGGAGCGACGCGCUGACGUCAAAACACAACGUCACUGUAGAGGAAUGUGCGGAAACUUCUGCCUACUUUUCAAUCUGCCCUCUUCGUCGAAGGGAAAGCUUUUGAAAGCAGGAAAAUCUUCAGAAAAGUCUCUUGAAGUGCGGAGCUGCCUGUCGGUGGGGCCGAGAUCACCAUGGCGACUCAGACCUUAUUCUCAAGUGGGAUGUUCCCUGUAGGCGUCUCAUUGGCAGAGGACGGACAAGGUUUCAGCGACCUGCCCCGAAACAUGCUGCCCGCUCCUCAACUGGUGAUGCUGGCCAAUGUGGCGGCGGUGACGGCGCCAGAGGUUGGAGACAGUAGCGUGGCUGAAGAAAAGGAGAUGAUGGAACUGAAGACAGUGGGGUCCAGCUACUCUGACAGUGAAGACGAAGACGAAGGUGUUAUCAGGUACAGCUAUGAUAACCAGAACCAGCGAGAGGUGUGCAUCGUGGAGUACCCAGAGUCUCCAAACUCAGCUGUCCAGCCAGCUGUCGCUGGAGACGGCAAAGAGGAUGAGGAGAACCCCGCAGCUGAAAACCAGCCCCCCUCCAUUAAGCUUCGCUCCUCUACUGUCUCUAAUCGGCCAGGGAUGAAGGCUAAAGACGGCCCCUCCACCCUGGCUGACAGCGCACAGAAGAAGAAGCCAUUUUGCUGCAAGCCGUGUCACUUUCAGGGGCAGAAUGAGCAGGAAUUUGUCAAGCACCUGAGUAUGCAUAGUAUAAGUAAGAUGGUGGUGGUGAACCAGGUGGAGGGGCGGAGCAAGAGCAAAGCCAAAGAGGCGGAGUCUGGGGAGGUUUUGUCAGGCAGGGAGGCAAACCAAAGCGGAGAGGCGGAGCAUAAAGGGGACGAAGUUGCAGGAGACAUCAAAGGGCUGAUAAGGUGCGAGCGCUGCGGCUACAACACCAACCGCUACGACCACUACAUCUCUCACCUGAAGCACCACAGCAAGGAGGGCGACGACCACAGGGUGUUUAAGUGCACGCUGUGUGCAUACACCACAGUCAGUCAGUACCACUGGAGGAAACACCUGAGGAAUCAUUUCCCCAGCAAGCUGCACACCUGCAGUCAGUGCUCCUACUUCUCCGACCGCAAGAGCAACUACAUACAGCACAUUCGUACCCACACAGGUGUACGUCCAUUCCAGUGUCUUUACUGUGACUACUCGAGCUCCCAGAAGACUCACCUAACCCGUCACAUGAGGACUCACUCAGGUGAGCGUCCUUUUAAGUGUGAGAGCUGCAGCUACCUUGCCGCCAAUCAGCACGAGGUGACCCGCCACGCCCGGCAGGUCCACAACGGUCCCAAGCCUCUGUCCUGCCCAUACUGCGAGUACAAAACGGCAGACCGCAGCAACUUUAAGAAGCAUGUAGAGCUGCACUUGAACCCGCGGCAGUUCCUCUGCCCGCUCUGCAAGUACGCCGCCUCCAAGAAGUGCAACCUGCAGUACCACAUCAAGUCCCGGCACUCCGGCUGCAACGUGGACCUGGACGUGUCUAAAGUCAAGCUUCGAGUGAAGAAACCUGGUCCUGAAGGUACAGAUGAUAAGUUGGAGUCCAAAGCAGCCAAGAUGGAUGACUCCCCUGCAUUGGAGGAGGACAUGGAUGUGGAUGAAGAAGACGACUCUAGCCCCAUCAAUCUGUCCAUCAGGAGGAGCAGCAGACCCAGCCUCGAACCCCCACCACAGAGCGAGGCUCCUGACAAGGCUCCAAAGAAACGCAACACCUCGUCCGAGAAGGAGAAACCCUCAAAGGCAAAGGAGGAGAAAAAAGUCUCAAUAAGGCAGAGGAAGGUCAAGGAGAAUCCUGUGGAGAAUGUGGAUGGGAAAGAAGUCCAGAGCAGUGCUGAGAUUUCUGAAAACAAAGUGAAGAAACGGGCCAGAAGGGUUCUCACUGAGAAAACAGUUUCUCAGAACCAAAGAGGGAAAUCUCCAUCAUUGGAAAAACAACUGGAGGAACUUGCAUCACAGGAAGAACAGCCCACUGUAAAAAGUUCUGAGCAGCAGAUGUCUUCAGACAGAAAGUCUGAGAAAGUCUUGAAGAUGACGUCACUCAAGAAGACAAAAAGCCUUUUUAAAAGCAGGAAAUCUGCAGCUAAGUGGUCCAAUAAGACUCCAGAACCCACUGACACCAAGAAUGCUGUAGAACCCACUGACACCAAGAAGGCUCCGGAACUCACUGAUACUGAGAAGAUUCCAGAACCCGCUGAUACCAAGAAGAUUCUAGAGCCGGCUGAUACCAAGAAGUCUCCAGAACCCGCUUAUACCGAGAAGGCUCCAGAACCAGCUGAUACCAAGAACGCUCCAGAACCCACUAAUAAAGAGAGUACCCCAGAACAGACUUACACCAACAAACCCAACUGCCCUGAGAAAAGUCAGAGAGGAAAGAGGAUAAAAGAAAAACCCCUCAAAAGGAAAGCAGGACAGGUUUUGGAUCUUUCACAGAAGUCUUCCAAGAAGAAGUGUCUAAAGGCUCCAGCUGAUGAGAAGCUGCUGUCCAAGACAUCUUCAGAUAUUACCGAUGUGAUGCCCAGUCUGACUAAGAAGACUAGCAGAGAGACUCCAGCCAAGAAGAAAAAGACCAGAACCUCCACCAGGAGGACCUCAGGUCUGCAACCAGCAGUGGGUCCAAAACCGGAUGAUUUAAACUCUAAAACAAGUCUGUCAUCAGAGAAUUUGGAAGAUUCUGUUCAUUCAAGUGAAACUGCUGCUGGUCAAGUUGGUUCCUCCAAAGAUGGACCAUCCACACCAGAAUCUGAUGAUUCUCCAAGCACACAGCCAGAGAGGAUCAAGGAGGAGUCCCAUCCAACAUUCAUCAAACCUUCAUUGCCACCACGUCUGGUUCUUCCCAGCCAGCGCAGCAAGCCAGCAGAGGCAGAGGAUGACGAGGGGAUCCACAGCAGCCACGAAGGUGGAAGUGACAUCAGCGACAGUGCCUCUGAGGGCAGCGAUGACUCUGGCCUUAAUGGUACCGGCGCCACUUCAGGGAAGAUGCCUAACGAUCCAGAAACACCAACUGAAGAGAUCCCCACCCCCACUGAACUCAAGAGUCACACCUGCAUCUUCUGUGACCGCACAUUCCCACUGGAGACCCAGUACCGGCGUCACCUUAACCGCCACCUGGUCAACGUGUACUACCUGGACCCUGGGGCAGCAAGAUGAGCCUGUCUCCAUGGCAACAGACUGUUUACAGAGGUCCGGGACAAUGGACAAGAGCUGGUUUGUGAUCUAGGACUACUUUUGGUGGUUCAGAUGGGCUUGUGCUGAACUCAGCGGAACCCGAUUCUUUACAGGUCCAAAAAACUAAAUAAACCGGCUUCAUGUUUAUAUUUGUGCUUAUAUAUAUGGUUAUAUUACAGAGCCCAGGUUUCGAACCGCUGACCAACGGUUCUGAUACUAUGAACUCCCGACUAUUGGUUACAUUGAUCCAAACUCCUCAGCAUCAGUACCAGUAGUAUGAAAUUCUCAGCCUUUGUGUCUAUGGCAUGAAUUCCUGAUCUCCAGCACCAACUGUCCAAACUACUGUUGUUGGUUUUAAUAACUGUUGAUUUAAACGGUCCUGAUUUUUGUUUUCAUUGUGUCGCCCCUCAGUGCCUUUGACAAUCAGCUGCUUCUGUUGGGUUUGAUUUAACUUUGUCCCUGGUGGUCCAGUUUGCAGGCUGGGCCUAUGUUUCCCUGGCGACUGCAAUGAUGAAGGAGCAAUCUGAUGAUGAUGAUGCUCCCAGCUGUGUAAAUAUUUCAGUGCAAUAGUCCAUUUAGUCCAGAAGCCAAAGUGAACCAUGGUUUUAUCAUUAAGUGAAAUAAACUCUACCGGUUGUGUCAGAGUUCUGCUGAUGGAGGAUUGGAUGGUCUAAGAUUGGUUCUCUGCCUGAUAUGUGGAUCAAACCGUGCAGAACCCGUCCUCUGACAUGUUUUUUUUUAGUUGUUAUUUGUCCUCUGAUUAAAAUAAACUCCCAAUACAGACCCAA